AUGCAUAGGUGGGGCAAGCCGGCUCACCUGACCUUCCUUUUCUUCGCUUUGCUGGCCAACAUCAUCGUGACGUCCAUGCUGCUGCUGGGAGGGGCAGCCACUGUGAACGCACUUACCGGCGUGAACACGGACUUGGCUUCCUUCUUGAUCCCAUGGGGAGUGAUCCUCUACACGGCGGCCGGUGGCUUGAAAGCCACAUUCAUGGCUUCCUACCUGCACACCGCCAUCAUUUUCCUGGUUCUGGUGGUCUGCGUGUACACCGUCUACGUGAAGGAGUUCUCCUCGGACCUCAUUUACACAGGACUGCAGACGGUGUCCGGCUACACCACGGCGCAGUGUGAGGCGCUCUACAGCGCGAAUGGCACCACCUUCUUUGAGGCGGGCAAGUAUUCGUGCGGGCCUGUGCCCGAGAAUGAGGGCGGGUCCUACCUCACCAUGCUGUCCGGCGGCGGCCUGAAGUUCGGCAUUAUCAACAUCGUGGGCAACUUUGGCACAGUCUUUGUGGACCAGUCCUACUGGCAGUCUGCCAUUGCCGCCAAGCCCACUAGCGCGCACAAGGGCUACCUGCUGGGCGGCCUCGUUUGGUUCACCAUCCCGUUUGCCCUGGCGACGUCUUUGGGACUCUCCGCAGUCGCGUUGCAGCUGCCCAUCAGCUCUGCGGAGGCGGGCUCGGGCCUGGUGCCGCCGGCCGUGGCCACGCACCUCUUCGGCAGCUUCGGGUCCGUGAUGAUGGCGGUGAUGCUGUUCAUGGCCAUCACCUCCACGGGCUCGGCGGAGGGCAUCGCGGUGUCGUCCCUGGUGACCUACGACAUCUACAAGACCUACAUCAACCCCCAGUGCACGGGCAAGCAGGCCCUGACCAUCUCCAAGGUGGUGGUGGUGAUCUUCGGUUUGGCGAUGGGUGCUCUGGGUGUGGCUCUGAACUACAUGGGCCUGAACCUGGGCUGGGUUUACCAGUUCAUGGGCAACGCCAUCGGCUCGGCGGUGGUCCCCCUGUGGAACUUGCUGAUGUGGAAGGAUGCCAACGCCAUUGGGGCCGUGGUGGCGGCCUGGGGCGGCAUGGUCUUGGCGCUUGCCACCUGGCUGAUUGUGUGUGCGGCAGAGUUCGGAGAGAUCACCGUGGACAACCUGGGCACUCUGAACCCGAACCUGGCGGGCAACAUCGUGGCGCUGGCCUCGUCCGCGCUGAUCCACGCUGGCUUCUCGCUGAUGUGGCCGCAGAACUACGACUUCGAGUCCAUGGGCAAGAUCGAAAUGCUGGAGGCGGACAUGAGCGGCCUGGACGAGAAGGACUACACGGACCAGUUCCUGGAUGAGGCGAAGCGCUGGAUCACCAAGUGGGGCUGGGGCUUCACCGUCUUGAUGGUGGUGAUUUGGCCGCUCUUGUCUCUGCCGGCGGGUGUCUUCUCCAAGGAUUACUUUGCCUUCUGGGUCUUCAUCAGCAUCGCCUGGAGUUUCGUGGCCACGUUCGUGAUCAUCGUGCUGCCAAUUCAGGAGUCCAUGGAAGCUAUCACCGGGGUGUGCUACUUCAUCGUGGGCAAGAAGGCCCCGGCAAAGGCGCCAGCUGCGCCGGCGGAGCCGGAAGCCAAGGCGGACGAACAGGCCAUCUAG